UUUUACGUAAUACUGGAGCUCCGCUUUCCUGGCGGAGAAGAUGGCGGCUCCUGGACCGGGGGAGUAUUUUAGCGUCGGUAGCCAUAUCUCUUGUCUUACCUGCUUGGGCCAGCGUCUGCAGGGAGAAGUGGUGGCCUUUGACUACCAGUCCAAGAUGUUGACUUUGAAAUGUGAUCCCUCCAGCAGAAAGCCAAAUCUCCACGACGUCAUCCUGAUCAAUUUAGACUAUGUUUCUGAAGUGGAUAUAAUAAAUGAUCGCACUGAAACGCCUCCUCUAGCAUCACUGAAUGUUAGCAAGCUUGCCAAUCGAGCACGGUCAGAGAAGGAGGACAAGCUAUCCCAAGCAUAUGCAAUCAGUGCUGGGGUUUCUGUGGAGGGCCAGCAUCUAUUCCAGACUAUUCACAAAACCAUCAAAGACUGUAAAUGGCAGGAGAAGAACAUCAUGGUAAUGGACGACGUUGUAAUCUCACCGCCAUACCAGGCUGACAACUGCAAAGGCAAAGAGGGAAGUGCUUUAAGUCAUGUACGCAAAAUAGUUGAGAAACAUUUUAGAGACUUGGAAAGUCAGAAGCAACGUUCACAAGCACAGCACACACAGAACUCCACUUUAUCAUCUUGAGUCAGCGCAGUGUGGGUCGGGCCAGCCAGGGAAUGCAACACUGCGGCGGGCUGGUGGACGGCACGGUGGGCAGUCUGUCUCGACUGCCAGACGAGGUUGGCAUUCCUAGCCCUCCUUGUCCUGGACCACGAACAUCCAGCGCUGAACAGCACUGGGUCCAGAAGAUCAAAAAAACAUUCACCAAAAAGACACACAAAAAGAGGAAAAGACUUUAUCUUAAAUUAGACUUUAUAAAGAUAAUUUAAAACAUCAACCAUAUAGUUAAAGGAAACUAACUUCAUCUCACUCAUCCCUCCGUCAAUCCAUCAUCGUCCUUCUCCCCAAUGGCUUUUCUCCUUUUCCAUAAAUUUCAUUUAUUCAAAAAGAGAAAAAUAGACCAGUCAAAGGCUUGUUACCUUUAUUUUCUGUCAGUUUCCUUUGUUGCUAUAUCCAUGUUCUACAAGUGUCUGUUUUUCUGUAUUUUAAACAAAACGUGACUUAAAAUGCCACACUUUAAAAUACAUUUUCUAAAAUUAAAGUAACAAAUUCUAACUGUAA